GUAUACAAAGAAGCGUUAACGAAAUUCAAUGGUUCAUUAGUGAGACUGGCCAUCUCCUGUGCAAACGAAAUGAACCCAAAGUCAGUUGAAACGCAAUGCUUGCUUCUUAAGUUUAAAUCUCUGCCAAGGAAUAGAGAGGUUAGUUUUUACGAAUGCUUUCUUGUGCCGGAGUAAUAAGAGAGAGGAGACAAGCUAGAAGCAAUGGCUAAACUAACAGAUAUGCUACAAUACGCAAUUGUUAACAAGACCUCCUCUGCAAGGGCGGAUCGAGGAGGUAAAAAUUUUUGAAAAGUGGGUUUUCCCUCGAAAUCAGGAAAUCUGCUUAUUCUCAUCUGAGGCGGAGGUUUUCUAAAGAGCGAGGCAAUUUCAUCGCUUGGAAAAAUGUAAUUGUUAAGUGGAGCCAAUAAAAAUUACUGUCCGAGAAGCUAUAGUCACUAUUUUAAUUAACUAUAAAGUAAAAUCAUCGAUAUGUAUUCAGUUGUAUUAGCUCUAUCAGUUCUAAUAUUGAAAUUGAAGUUGAGUCAAAGCCAUUUCUAAAUUGUCAACAUUCCAGCUAAUUGUUUUCCAAAUUGCGACCGGAAAAUUUCUAUACAUUUAAAAAACUAGACUGGAACGUUUUCCGACAGGAAUGGGCUGUAAAGAUAACGCACUUGGGAACGUAUUCAUAACUAAAUAAGUUCUUUGUAAGUUUGCAUCGUGAUAAUAUGAUUUAGCAUAUACUCGGGAGGUGAAUAGUGCUUUUCACUCAAUUUGAUUGGUUGCCAGUUCUGGAUACCCUUGCACUAUUCACCUCCAGACGAAAACAAAAUGGCUUCCUGUUGUGUUACCGACGAGCAACUUUUUUCUACUAAACGAAUCUCCCAUAAUCCGCCAAACACAAAGAAAGCUACAAUCGUUUUACAGUGUGUAGAGGUAUUCCUUGAAACUAUUUCUAAUGAAUAAAAUUACUAAAAGUUUGUAAAUAUGGGAGCUGUAAUACAAAUUGCUUCAAAAAUGUCUUCGUUUUUGGUCAUUUUUGUUUUGUUAUGUUCAGUCAUUUUUUUUGUUAUAUGGUAUAUGCUACAAUAAUUAUUCACCUUAGUGUCGGUGAAUAGUGCAAUGGUGUUUCGAUGCUUAUCGGUAAAUAUCCUUGCGCUGUUCAACUCCACUUCGGUGAAUAAUUGUUAAAGGGACUCUACAGUCAUUUUUUAGUCGAAAAGCCACCUUAAGUAGGGGACUCCACGCAGAUUCGUUUGGCUGUAUCUUACAUGCAGUAUCCAUGAGUAUGAGUACUUCCGCACACCGGAAGACGCAUGCAUGCCGUGAUGCGCAUGUCAAGUAGCGACAAUAACAAAAAAAUGAAAACAAUACUUACUUGACUAAAAAAUGACUGUAGGGCCCCUUUAAGUGUCAAACAUGCAUUAUUAGCAAUAAUGAAGAUCCGGGCUGAUGGAUCGAAAGCUAUAAUAAAUAUACGUCGUGUUUUCUACAAACCAAAACAUAUACGUAUCCAUGAAGAUUAAAUUAAAAAGGAUUUUCUGCCAGGGACGUGCUGGAGUCUUAAAAACGACAACGAAUGAGCAACGUCACUUACGUCAGAGGGGGCCCAGGCGCAUUGAAGGAUGGGUCAAUAUUAAUGUGAGCGUGGGAUCGCCAAUUUUACAAAAAAAUAUAAAAUUUUUCCGGACAUGUCGUAAUUUUUCAGGAAAUGCUAAAAUGUUUCCGGACAUAUCGUAAUUUUAUACGAAAAUAUUUCGGUAGUAUUUUCGUAAAUUUUGAUUUUUACAAUAUCAAUUGUAAUAUCUUGAUCUUGAUUUUGAAAAUUAAAAUUUAUAUUGUUGAUUUUCUUCCGAAUGUUUCAAUUUUAGGGCCCCAUGAUAGCAGGGGCCCACACUCGUCCCUAGCCAGCACGUCCCUGUUUUCUGCAUGCUAGUCAGAUGUUAAAUGGGAUACGCAGUAACCCGUUUGGGUGAAAUCUCGCGCGCCGCCAUUGUAUAGAAAAUUUCAACUGUUUUCCAGUACCUUAUAUAGCAUGCAGCGGUGGUCAGAUAUAUGCGAUUUUCUCACAGACAGGAUUUAAUAGUUGCUUUUCUAACAUGUCACAGACCAGAUCCCCGCCGCAGCUCACUCGCCAAGCUACGCGGGGCGGACUGCAGAAUAGUUUUCGCUACCUGCAGAAAAAAGUUAAUAUGCAUGUAGCAAUGUGUAAAGUUAUUUUUGAACAACAACAAUCCAAUAAUUUUCGGGAAACACUCAAUAUAUCCAACAUAUUCAGUUUUAAUCGAGUGCAAUGUUGUGAUCGUUUUUUUCGAACAUAGCCGUUUGUAAGGUAACUUUAAAAAGCUUCAAUUCAUUACAGGGAUCAAGUUCCUUAGCUCUCAAUCUUGAGCUGAAAUUGCGACCACGUUGUCAUGUUGACCUCAUCCUCUUUUCUAAAUCUGUCUAAUAUCUUAAUUAAGACGACGACAACCUCACUAACGAUGACAACCUCAUCAGAGAUGACAACCUCAUCAGAGAUGACAACCUCAUCAAAGAUGACAACCUCACUAAAGAUGACAAACUCAUCAAAGAUGACAACCUCAUCAAAGAUGACAACCUCACCAAAGAUGACAACCUUAUCAAAGAUGACAACCUUACCAAAGAUGACAACCUCAUCAAAGAUGACAACCUCAUCAAAGAUGACAACCUCAUCAAAGAUGACAACCUUACCAAAGAUGACAACCUCAUCAAAGAUGACAACCUCAUCAAAGAUGACAACCUCAUCAAAGCUGACAACCUCAUCAACGAUGAUGAACUCACCCACAAUAAAGUUAGAAAAUAAAGAUACCGAAGGAAGUUCAAACAUAAUCGCUAUUGCAGUACCACUCUUUCUCCUCGCCGUUAUCUUGGUGCUUACUUUAGUCUGUUUUGUGUGUUAUCGAAAAAGAAAAAGGUAUAUUGGUUUUCAUUAAAAUGUUGACAGUGCAUGUGUAUCAUUGUUCACUCUUAUCAAUUUUAUCACAAGCUCUAGUUCAAACAUAGCUUUAGUUUGAACUACAGUCGCUGUUAAAACAUGUCGGUUAUUGUAGUAUAUUGUGCAUGUAAUAGAAUAUUUAGCGCAUCUUACUUUUUUUUCCAUUGUUUCCUUUGUAGAAGACUAAAGUUAUCCAACGACCAAGGUGUGUUAAGGCAAAAAUGCAAUAUUAUUUUCAUAUUAUAUUUUCUCACCAUGCUUACCUACAUUGAGAAAGAGAGCUCUUGUGACGGGCUUCUCUUAUUGCUACAUGUAUGGAGGGAAAUGCGAGUAAUACUGAGGAAAAUACCUUGCAUGGGUGUGUUAAUUUUAUCAUUUAUAGACCCGGAGCGAAGGGCUUCGCCCUGAGGGAAAUAUCAUCACUGAGGGAAAUAUUUCGCCAAAUGCCCCGAGUGGGGAAUUAGUGAAAGAAAUUAAGAAUAAACUUCCUGAAUAACUAAGCGAGUACAAUGUUUAAUUUUUUAUUUAUACUUGAGCUUUUGACGUUUCUCUUUCAAAAUAUUUGAACCUGUGUCCUUUGGAUCAUUGAAGGUAACAUAUAUCCUAAUAUUCAGGUGAAAAUCGUGCCAAAUUUGUUCAAUAUGCUAAGCGUGCGGUUUUCACGCGUGAGGCGCAGCCAGCGUGGGAUAUUAUAUGAGAUCUGCCGUGAAAUAUAGGCCGAUACGGACAAUAAAUGAAAAAUUCGUGUUAGAGGCGUAACACAGCCGGGCUGGUGUAAUAAUGAACGCUUCCCCUCUAAUAGACGGCUCUUCUCUAACAAACAUUCCCUUCUAAAAUUAAUAAAAUUAAAUAAAUGCUCUAGGCGUUUAUUAUAUAAUUUACAUUAUAUAAAAUAAACAAGACGAAUUUUGAAACUAGUUAAUUAUAAUUUAAUUGAUAUUUCAAAUCACAGAUCAAAAUCAACCACCCACCUUGAAGGAAUCAACAGUGCCUUUAAAUCCACUCGAACCUUCAAACAGCAACCAAUCGACGCAAAGGAUAUCUCAACAUUAUGAAGUACCGUGUGAACGCCAAUAUGAUUACGUCGAUAAAACCGCGAUUGCUCCGCCCAAAACCUUCACUUAUGAUUACGCUGUCUUUGAUGGACCACUGAAGAAUAACCAUUGGACAAGAAUAGGAUUAGAUAGAACAGGUGAACAAUCACUAUUAAAUAUUUUUGCUACAAGCCUACAACUAAAGGCAAUUCAGAUUGACGAUAUUUACGCAUAGAAAUUCGUUCACAGCGACACGAGUUCUCUGACAAAAAAUCAAACAAAAUUACAAAAAUUGUCAAUUUCACAAAGCUCGAAAAUAAAACUUGAUAAAUUCAUGGGAUCUAAAUAAACUAGAGAUCCAGUACAAACACCUAUCGGUGCUGUUGCUUAAUUUUCAAAAUAUUAUAUAAAAACGAAAAUUCGCCUGUUUUUUGUUCCCGUGGUUAGUAUUUUGCGAGAAACUUUCUGCGUAUGUUCACAUGUUGCCUACUUGUCGACGCGUUUUACUUGUCAUUCUUGACAGAACUUCAUGAAAUUACGUCUGUAUCUAGUUAAAGUUGUCAGUUUGUUUUCCGGUAGAUAGAAGUUAUUGAUGGGUGCAAAAAGUUGUUAAUCUUACGUUUGUGAUUUUGUCCUAAGUGUGUCAACACCGGACAAGCUGAGAACAACAUCACAAACAUAUAUCUUCAUGUAGGUGCACAACACCAGAAACAAAAAUUCAAGUUGUUAUUUUUCAAAACAAACACGUGACCUUUGACUACCAAGCGGCCUUGUUCACAUAGCGGAAGUGACACAUGCAAGGCAUAGUGAAACCCACCUAUAAACAUAUGUCCUUUUAAAAGUACGAAACUUUAUUAGAUCACUUACAGCAUAUCAAUUAAUUAAACAAGACGAAUUUUGAAUCUUGUCAAUUAUGUCUAAAACGUAUUUGAUUUUUCAAAUCUUAGAUCAAAAUCAACCACCCACCCUGAAGAAAUCAACAGUGCCUUUAAAUCCACUCCAGCCUUCAAACAGCAACCAAUCAACGCAAAGGAUAUCUCAACAUUAUGAAGUACCGUUUGAACGCCAAUAUGAUUACGUCGAUAAAACCGCGAUUGCUCCGCCAAAAAACUUCACUUAUGAUUACGCUGUCUUUGAUGGACCACUGAAGAAUAACGAUUGGAUAAGAGUAGGAUUAAAUAGAACAGGAGAGGACGAUUAUGUAAUUAAGAAUGAUGCAAAGAUGAUGCAAGAAACACACGAUGACUACGUAGUACGUGACGAGUCGUACGUCUCUGUGAUCGAACCAAGACCAGAAAGAAAAGAUGAGGAAAUAUAUGAUGAUUAUGUAAUACGUGAUGAGUCGUACGUCUCCGUGAUCGAGCCAAGGUCAGAAACAAAAGAUGAGGAAACGCAUGACUAUGUUGUACGUGACGAGUCGUACGUCUCUGUGAUCGAGCCAAGAUCAGAAACAAAAGAUGAGGAAACACAUGAUGACUACGUAGUACGUGACGAGUCGUACGUCUCUGUGAUCGAGCCAAGACCAGAAACAAAAGAUGAUACAAGAAACACAUGAUGACUAUGUUGUACUUGACGAGUCGUACGUCUCUGUGAUCGAGCCAAGACUAGAAACAAAAGAUGAAGAAACGCACGAUGACUACGUAGUACGUGACGAGUUUUUGGACGCGGUGAUUGAGCCAAGACCAGAAACAAAAGAUGAGGAAACGCAUGAUGACUAUGCUGUACGUGACGAGUCGUACGUCUCUGUGAUAGAGUAAAGAUUAGAAACAAAAGAUGAGGAAACGCGCGAUGACUACGUAGUACGUGACAAUUAAGUCGUAUAUCACUGUGGUCGGCUGAAGAGUAUUAUGGCAGAAAAUGGGCCAGUGAUGUUCACACCUAUAGAGGUGUACUGGAAACUUCUAACUAGGGCGCUUAGCCCUGCUUCUUUUAACAGAUAAAGUGGAGAGUUGUAUCAAAUCCACUUAAAAAUCCCUAAGAAACGCUUAAAUUCUCUGAACGUCUUUAAAAAUCUUUACAAUUCUAAAAUUACAAAAAAUCCCCAAUCCCCAAAAUCGCGUACACUGUGUCGCAGUGAUACACCGUCGUUUAACAUCAACUGAAAGGUUUUAUGAGUGCGAGCUUCUAACUAAACACACAUGUACUGUUUCAUAAACGAACACUAGGGCUGUUUUAUUAAUUUUAACAACCUAGAUGGCUUUAAACCUAAUAAAACACGUACUGCGAGUUUAUUAAAUGGCUUCAAACUCGUGACUCAUUGGUGCUCUUUAUAUAACGAAUACUAAGUAGAUGGUUUUAUAUAAGGACUACUAAUGAGGAUGUUUUAUCGGGUAUAAAGUCACUGCACGUGGCAUAUUAUCAAGAUUUAACAGGCUAAAAAGUUUAUGAAUUAUUAUGAGUUCUUGUAAUGAAGUAAAAAGCCUCUGUAGGUUUCUAUAGAAGGACUCUAGCCCACUAUAAUUUUAUAAUUAUACGGAAAAGAAACCAUUGUAAAUUAGUUUAUUAGUUUAUUAUACAUGGACGAAUUAAAUAAAUAAAAAAUAACUAAAUAAAUGCUUUUAGCUACAAAUUAUGAGUAGUUUUGCAGUGAAUAUCACAAGCAAGUCAUUAGGAAGUUUGACCGAUUAAUUUGCUUGCAUGCAGCAGUUCAUUGUCUUCGCAGUUAUAAAGCCGUUUUCACCCCCAAACUUUAUACAAGCAUGAGAUAGUAGCCAACUUCAACACACACAUUCUAACGUGCAGUUAUGAACAUAGAUUGAACAAGUUAUAUCGUUAUUUUCUACUUUCGCCGUCAUGGGAAGUGGUCAAGGACAUGCAAUACUUAAAUCUCUCACAACAAAAACAUAACCUAUAUAUUCAUGAGAAAACGAGUAUUUUACUGAAUUUACUUCUAAACAUGAAUCAGAAACUUCUCACAAGUAUGAUAACGAUAAAAAUAUCGUCAAAAGCUGUAAAAAAAUUAAAAGCCCAUUUUACUUGGAUUUUAACCUACGAUUUUCACGCGAAAACAUGCUCGCCCCAAACACUCCCGAACCACACGUCAAUCAACAAAAUUACUGGCGAUUAUCAGCUUUAAGCAAGGUAUCUACUUCUGGAAGUACUAAGUACACCAGGCUGGCGUAUAUAACUGAUCCGGUGAUCCCAUAAGUGCAUUUUCCCGCUCACUUAUUAAAGCCUUUAAGAGCCACGUCACCUCUGUUCAUCCUAAACUGUUUUCCCAAGGGAUUUCAUAUAGUAUAGGGUCAUCCCUUACUGACUGCAGGAAGGAACAGAAGUCAAAAGGCAUGCAGGCAACCAACGCAACACCAAACAAUGUACCACCGACAGCUUGCAAAAAUAUAUGUGAAAUGAUGAACAACCUAUUGGAAGAAUUACAGCCACAACUAGCCGUGGAAAUAAAGCCUUGGGGACGGUUAGUUAAAAUGUGUAGUAAAUCACGUAUUUUAGAGUUAACUGCUAUUAACUACCAAUAUUGAUGACGAAAUGACGUACGUAUACUUUCUGGAAGGGUGUAUUACAUGAAGCCAAUAUAAAUAUGUAUAACUUCGUUACUCAAGCCCCGGUCAAUCAAGGAUGAAAGUUGAUGAGAGUUUGCACCAGCUCGAAGUUAAUGAGAGUGAAUGAGAUUCGGUAGUCAAACGCGAGGGAAAGUUGCAUUUCUCAUCAACGGGCCUUAAUUGAUGAAGUUAUAUAAAUAUAUUUAUAUUGGCUUCAAUAAGCCGCUUCAUGCAAUACACCGCCUUCCGAAAAGUCAGUCAUUAGGAAAUUUAGUCAUUAUUAGCUAGUUAACUAUUUAUUAGCUACAAAAUAGUGGUGACGAAGUGACGUACUUUCCGGAAGGGUGUAUUGCGUGAAGCCAAUAUAAAUAUGUAUAACUUCAUUACUUAAGUCCCGGUCAAUCGAGGACGAAAGUUGAUGAGAGUUUGCACCAGCUCAAAGUUGAUGAGAGUGUAUGACAUUCGGCAGUCAAACGCGAGGGACAGUUGCAUUUUCCAUCAACGGGGCUCAAGGGCGGACCAGUCAUUUUUUUAAAGGAGCCGGUAGAAAAAUUUCUGGUGGGGUGCAAGCGGCACCACUGAGCGAGCUUUGACAGGGGUUAAGGUUAAAUACUUUCACACAAAAUAGGAGGGGUGAAGCAAAAUUUUGGUGGGGUUGAACAUUUUAUGCGAGGGGUUAGAGAGAUUCUAGGGGGUAGCCAAUAUAAAUAUGUAUAACUUCAUUACUUAAGCCCCUUCAUGGGCGGAUUUACACCCUUUCGGAAAGUCAGUCACUUAAGAGGCUUGUUAUCGUGUAUCAGUCAAACCCAAACAUCUCAGUCACGUAAACCACGAACAUCUGUACCCAAAGUGACGUACUUUUCGGAAGGGUGCAUGUAAUGGCGUAUUAUUAUAAUUUGUGAAUUGCACCUCUCAUCCGCGUUUGACCUGUUUUGAAGCUAUACCAUUAUAUAUGAACUUUAUGCAAUUAACCGAUUGGUCUGCGGUUGUUAGACUGAAUCGGCCAAAUCUAACUCGUACAGAAUCACUACGAUUGUGUUGGUAGUUUGCCGGGCAGUAGCUCUGGCCGGUAUAUUGGUAUAUGUUGUCAUACAAAGAAACUGUAACUGAAGUAGGGGAGUGAUAACAUCCCAUUUUAUGCGGAAGUUCAAGAGGCACGGCAUCAUUGUCGACAUAAAUUUCUUUUUGAGAGACAAUUUUAACAAGAUUAUGUUGAACGAUUGUAUCAAGAGAUUAAAUAAAAAAUACAGAUUAAGCAGUAUUAGUACGCAAAUCUAUGUUUAUUUGUAAACCGGUUUUCAUCAGUUAAAUACUUGGAGCACUUAAAUAUUUAUAUAAAUAUUCGACUUUAUUUAGCUAAUGUACUCAAGGAAAAAUAAGUAACAAGUAUAUUGGUAAAUAAAUAAAUAAAUGAACGAAUGAAAAAUAUAUAAUUGAUUAAAUCAAUGAAAUGCAGAGGUAAAAAAUGUCAUUAUUAUAAGUAAAAUCAUUCACGCCUACUUUUCAUCAAUCAUACCGGAUGUUUUCAUUCAAUAGCGUAUAAACAUCAAAUAUUCCGUGUAUACCGAUUCAAAUCACCACAGGAUACUUAGUGCAACAAAGACAAAGUUAAUCCUUCAUUUGGCGAACAGCAAAGACAGAGAAAGUAUAUAUAAAUAUCGUAAGGAGCUAUCGUCGUCGUAAGGGGAAGAAAAUCGGUCCCGAAUCAUAUGCGGUUUCGGUUUACACACACGUGAAUGGCUUUCCCAUUCAAAAUUGGUUUCGUUUGGUACUGUCUAUGUCUAGUUGUCUGUAUUAGCGAAAAUACAGUAACAGCGUCUUUUGAAAUCCAACGAGAAAAAAUGGAUACAUUUACUAACUUAGAAUGUCAGAAACCACAUAAUUGUACAGACGAGCAGUGUGCGAAGUACGGGGCUAAAUGUGUAGAUGAUAAAUGUGAACGUUGUCAGUGUAAGGUCGGUAGCGCCACAUUUCUGGUGUCUGACUCCACCACAUGCAAUUGUACUAAAGACGAAAAUGUCAUUCCGGAGUCAGGUAUGAAUGAUAUAUUUACUCAUACUUAUACUGUGUAUACAGGGUAAAUUUUGGUAUCUUAAAAUUCGAAGAGAUUAUAAGGAUCUUUGCUCGAAUUCUCUUUAUCAUGUAACACUACCAUAAUAUAAAUAAUAAGGACGUAGCCAUAAUUAGUUGCUCUAUAUUUGACGCUUUGAAACCGAAACUUCUAAUAUAUAAUAUUACAAUCACGGAGCGUACAGACAAAGGAUCUUUGGCAUUCCUGUCAGACCAUAUCAAUUCAGACGUGACCUGUUUUGAUAUAUAAUUGAUAUGUAUUAUCAAGGCAAAUUGUGCCAAACGGUGAAUUACCAUAUAUUUUGACAACUUAAACCACCGAAACGAAGCUAUACAGUAUACAGCUAUUUCAAUUAAGGUUGUCGGUCCCCGAGCAAAGCGGAAAAGUCGAAUACGAGCGCGAAAGGCUGCUGGGAAUCGCUAAUAAAUUCAUUCAUUUAUUUAUUAGCGAUUCCCAGCAACCUUUCGCGCUCGUAUUCGACUUUUCCGCUUUGCUCGGGGGACAACCUUAAUUGAAAAAGCUGUAUAUAUAUUAUUAAAGGAAAAUCUAAUACGCCAUAUUACGAUAUUCUAUGAGUUUUUUCAACUUUUAUAGAUAAUGAAUCUUUGCUCAAAAACAUCAGACCCCUUAUUAACUACUCGGCUGUAAUUUCGUUAUGUACACUGUAGAUACCUUAUAUCAACACAUUGAAAACCGCGCCUUAUAUCAACACAUUCAAAACCGCGCCAAAAGAUGAAUUAUCGAUAUCAUAUAUAUUUGUAAUCAAAACUAUUACCUAUAACCUAAUAAAAUACUUUUGCCGAUAGUCCCGAUACCUGAACCCGGAACUGGAACCGCGCAUAAUUUAUUCAAAUUAUCGCACUUAAAUAGCCAUUAGCGAUAUUUUUCAGGGGGGAUUUUUUCAGAGCCAUAAGGGAUUUGACCAUAUGAUUCGACAAUGUAUAUGUUGGUAUAUACGAAGUUUUUUAGACCAAUAAAUUAUCUACAGCGUGUUAGCUAAUUACACUGGCCGUGGGGUGACUUAUGGGCGAGUCCAUAUACUACAAUAGAUUGUAUACACAGCGGGUUGUUAAAUCUUGCGUGUUUGUUCAUAGCCUAUCGAAGGGAAGAUGGCUGUGAAACUCAUUAGAAUAACAAUGUAACUCAUUAUCUAUGUUGGUCAACGUUUAUGAAAAUCUUGUCCUUCACCGUCACGUGUGUAUUGUAUUCUUGCCCAACUAACCAAUAGCAAUGCUUUAGGAAAGUCACCUAUCCGCGACUCGAACAAUGGGGAAACUGGAAAUUGCUAUUGGUGCAUUUGGUAAAAAUACAAUACACACGUGACGGUGAAACGACCAGAUUUAUGAAUAAACGUUGACUAACAUCAUAAUGAGUUAUAUUGUUAUUCUAAUGAGUUUCACAGCCAUCUUCCCUUCGAUAGGCUAUGGUUUGUUAAAUCAAACAUUCAUGUGUGUAUGUUAUUGAUUUCCUGAAUGCGGAAAACACACACAUGAUCACAAUUGAAGAAGAAACUCAUCACCAAGGAACAUAAUAUACUUUGAAAUCGCGUAGUCUUAUAAUAUUCUUUGCUAAGUUAGGCUAAUUUUGACUGUUUUUAUUAUGUGGAUUAAGGUGUAUAUAGUAUUACUAUUAUCAUGAUGACAUUAACUUAUAUCUUUGUAGUACCAACACCAAGAUUUAGGUUGGAGAAAAUCACAGAGCUGAGCAGCACACUGUCAAACCAGUGUCUUGCUGUAGCAGACGAACAAAAUUACAAUAUUUCUGGAAAAAAUUGCACUUCGUCUCUUAAUAUGCAUUGGAUAUAUAUGGAAAAAUGGAUAAAAAACGGAAAGAAAAAUUAUCUCAUGAACGUUAUGACACUUCAAUGUCUCGAGUUUCUCGACUGUGAAUCGAAUGGCAAUAAACAAAAUACCAGUGAAGUAGCUCUCAAGCAAUGUAACAAAACUGAUGGACAGUACAUUACUGUGGAUGAGAAUGCCAAGACCAUACGUGGUGGUCCCAGAAAGUACUACUUGCGGCUGGAAAUGAAAGCAGGUGAUGUAGGGUAUGCGGCUUUUAGCGAGAGAAACAAACCGGAUCGUUGGAGCAACAGUAUGAAAGAUGACCACGUACGCCUAUCUAACAGCCCUACUACCGAUUACACAGGUCAGUGGCUAUGUAUACUGUAUAGUACGGAAAACAAGCGUAUAUCAGAAAAAAUGCAGAUUUUUACACAGCUAUAAAUAUUGGUAAACAUCGAAAAUUCAACCUAAGAGAUGAAUUUUGAGACUAAGAUUAAUAAUAUUGGUCUAACUGUCAAUAUAUACUUUAGGUUUGCCAAUAGUUUUGUUGACAAAUUGUUUAUAAUGCUUGUUGUUCCUUUGUUCAUUUGUAAUAGUCCCUAUACUGGACCUUAGUCUUGAAAAUGCGCUUUGGAUAUAGUUCGAUUUUCUGUAAAGCAUUCUAAAUUAUAAAGUAUGCAACCCAGGCUACCCUGAAGCCAACAAUAAAUGUAAAUCCAUUGACGUUAUGUAUUCAUUUAUGCCAUAUACUUUCUGUCGGAUGUUAUCACCCAUCAUAUUAUCAUAAGUAUUUUGAGGAGAUUACAUGGGCGAAGCGCUUAUAUUAAGAUUUAAGUGUUCAGACACUUUAUACAUAUUCUUUGUAAAGGUUGCUACCGUUUUCAAAAUGAGAGCUUCAUGGUUUAUCUGGAUAAUCAAACAUGUCGUGAAAAUCCUUGUUCUCACCAAUUUUCUGCUCCGAUCUUUUAUGAAUACGCAAAAUGCGACGUCGAAUGGUCGAAAUCUAAAAUCUUGUGUAGUGAUAAUGUUCAUUGGCAGAAUGUCACGGAAAUUAGUAGCAAGUUGGUCUUCAUCGAAAGUGGCCCUGGUAAUUCAAGCAAUAUUAAAAUGUUAAAGGUAAAGCGUUUUGGGAAGACAUUAAUUGUAGUAUAGAAUGCAUCUGGAAAACAUAACAAUAUUCAUCAAAAUAGCCAGUAAAACGCCAAGGAAAGUACAAAGAAAUAAAUACCGUGAGGUCAGUGCAUGUAUGAGGACUAUCAAUGUAUACACAUGUGCAAUAUGUACAUUUUUGAAAACCCAAGUUGGAGCAACUUACUGAAGUUUGAACAUUACGGAUUUCAUUCAUAUUCUAGGGUGCUUUUGCUCUUACCCUCAAUAAUUAUAUUCCAUUUGACGGUCUAAAAACUGUGUUGUAGUACCCACUAGGUAGUAGCAUAGUAUAUUUCUAAUCUAAAGCCAUUAUAUAAUCUCGAAUAUACAUAUUUUAAACUUGCAUGCACUGCAUUUUAUCAGUCAACAUUUUUCUCUCGUGAUUAUAUUAACUGAUAAAUCAAAGAAACAAAAAACUUACCAACUAUUCAGACAGAAAUAUAACUUGAUUUCUGCAUUUAAAAACUCUCACAAUAUUUUAGGUAUACAAAGAAGCGUUAACGAAAUUCAAUGGUUCAUUAGUGAGACUGGCCAUCUCCUGUGCAAACGAAAUGAACCCAAAGUCAGUUGAAACGCAAUGCUUGCUUCUUAAGUUUAAAUCUCUGCCAAGGAAUAGAGAGGUUAGUUUUUACGAAUGCUUUCUUGUGCCGGAGUAAUAAGAGAGAGGAGACAAGCUAGAAGCAAUGGCUAAACUAACAGAUAUGCUACAAUACGCAAUUGUUAACAAGACCUCCUCUGCAAGGGCGGAUCGAGGAGGUAAAAAUUUUUGAAAAGUGGGUUUUCCCUCGACUACCUAAAUUACAAGUGAUCUUGAGGGGGUAGUGACUUCCCUUGUGAUGCCCCCCCUCCCGCGCCGCACCCUCAAUAAAUCCGCUUAUUCUCCUCUGGGGUGGAGGUUUUCUGAAGAACGAGGCAAUUUCAUCGCUUGGGAAAAAUGUAAUUUUUCAGUGGAGCCAAUAAAAAUCACUGUCCGAGAAGCCAUAGGCGCUAUUUUAAUUAACUAUAAAGUAAAAACAUUGGUAUGUAUUCAGUUGUAUUAGCUCUAUCAGUUCCAUUGAAAUUGAAGUUGAGUCGAAGCCAUUUCUAAAUGGUCAACAUCCCAACCACUAUUGUUUUCCAAACUGCGACCGAAAAAUCUCUAUACAUUUAAAUAGCCAGACUGGAACGUUUUCCCAUACGAAUGAGACGUAAACAUGCAUAACGCACUUUGGAACGUAUUCAUAACUAAAUAAGUUCUUUGUAAGUUUGCAUCGUGAUAAUUAUCACUUAUUUACUGAGACCGAGGGAAACAGUGUGUUUUGUGGACCCGAGGCGAAGCCGAGGGCAACAACGGCGGUCGAGGGGCCACAAAACACUGCUUUCCCGAGGUCUUAGUAAAUAAGUGUUUUGUUAUAUAGUAUAUAAGUGUCAAAGUAUGAAUAAUUCACCGGUUAUUGGAGUGAACUUAAUUUGAAACCAAAACUGGAUAAAUGGAACGCCGUAAAUGUUUAGUAAAAAGUUUAAAAAAUGAACUUUGGAACUUCAUAGUUGACACGCAUGCGUAUUGCACCCAUUUUAUUAUUGACCAGUCAAUAAAUGUUUCAUUGCGGACCGGUUGCCGAACAUGACUUUUGUGGAACGGCACGUGACACGGUUUUGACCAAUCAGCAAGCAGAAAAAUUGAACUAUAUAACAAUAUGAUUCAGCAUAUUCUCGGGAGGUGGAUAGUGCUUCUCCCGCAAUUUGAUUGGUUGCACUAUUCAGCUCCGGACGAAAACAAAAUGGCUUCCUGUUGUGUUCCGGUUACAGACGAGCAAAUUUUUUCUACUAAACGAAGCUGCCGUUCUGCCAAACACAAAGAAAGCUACAAUGUUUUACAGUGUGUAGAGGUAUUCCUUGAAACUAUUUCUAACGAAUAAAAUUACUAAAAGUUUGUAAACACUGGUUUUUUUUACAACUGCUACGGCCUUUAUGGGAGCUAUAAUACAAAUUGUUUUAAAAAUAUCUUCGUUACUAUUAGCAAUAAUGAAGAUCCGGGCUUGUGGAUCGAAAGCUUUAAUAAAUAUAAACGUCGUGUUUUCUACAAACCAAAACAUAUUCAUGGAGUUAAGAAAAGCGCGCAAAAUCACUCGCCUUCGGCUCACACGUUUCGCUCGCUUUUCUUAACUCUCGCAACAUUCCCGCGUGUUUGGAUCAGGCCAUCCAAACACGGAAACCAUAAAGUAAUUGUUUUAUAAAAUAACAACUUUCCGUGUUAAAAUUUCACUCUAAAAAACUUUCACUUUAAAUUUCCGUGUUUGGAUGGCCUGAUCCAAACACGGGUUUCGACCAAUCAGAGCACGCGUUAUAUACAGUACAUGUUAUUUUAUAAAGGGAUCUUCUGCAUGUUGUUGUCAGAUGUUGGGAUACACGGUAACCUGUUUGGAAUUUCAACUUUUUUCCAGUAUCUUACACCAGCGGUGGUCAGAUAUAUGCGAUUUUCUCACAGACAGAAUUUAAUAGUUGUCUUUUCUUAGAUUUCACAGAAGAGGUCCCCGCCGCAGCUCACUCGCUUUGCCCUCACUCGCCUAGACUGUAGAAUAGUUUUCGAUAUUUGUAAAAAAAGUUAAUACGCAUGCAGCAAUUUGUAUAAAGUUAUUUUUGAAUACUAACAAUCCAAUACUAACACUCAAUAUAUACAACAUAUUCAGUUUUAAUCGAGGGCAAUGUUGUGAUAGCAGUUGUAUAACUGAAAUGGCUACCAUGCAGGUGUAAAAAUCUGUAAUCAAAAGUUUGAAUAAUUUGUGAUCCCAGGCAAGGGUAUCCUCAACAACGUUGUCAUUUCGAACACAACGUUGUACUAAGAUUUUCGCGUCAUUGGCGCAAUGUGAAUGCUUGUUGCGACGUUACAGAAGGAAGGAGUUACAUAAAAUUUGUCGUUUGGCAGACACCGGAUCGUUUUUCCCGAACUUAGCCGUUUGUAAGGUUAUUUUAAAAAGCUUCAAUUUAUUACAGUAAUCAAGUUCCUUAGCUCUCAAUCUUGAGCUGAAAUUGAUACCGCGUCGUCUUGUUUGUCUUAUUGUCUUUUCUAAAUGUGUUUAUUAUCUUAAUUAAGUCGACGACAACCUCAUCAACGAUGACAACCUCAUCAGAGAUGACAACCUUGUCAGAGAUGACAACCUCAUCAAAGAUGAUAACCUCAUCGAAGAAGACAACCUCACCAAAGCUGACAAUUACCUCACCAAAGAUGACAACCUCACCAAAGAUGACAACCUCAUCAAAGAUGACAACCUCAUCAAAGAUGAUAACCUCAUCAAAGAUGAUAACCUCAUCAAAGAUGAUAACCUCACCAAAGAUGACAACCUCACCAAAGAUGACAACCUCUCCAAAGAUGACAACCUCAUCAAAGAUGACAACCUUACCAAAGAUGACAACCUCAUCAAAGGUGAGAACCUCGUCAACGAUGAUGAACUCACCCACAGUAAAUUUAGAAAAUAAAGAUAGCGAAGAAAGUUCAAACACGAUCGCUAUUGCAGUACCAGUCUUUCUCUUCGGCGUCAUCUUGGUGCUUACUUUGGUCUGUUUUGUGUGUUAUCGAAAAAGGAAAAGGUAUAUUGGUUUUCUUUAAAAUGUUGACAGUGUAUGUAUAUCAUUGUUCACUCUUAUCAAUUUUAUCAUAAGCUCUAGCUCAAACAUAGCUUUUCUUAUAACUAUACCUGAUUCAAAAUAUUUUGAUGUUUCGAGCGAAGGUCCUUCACUGUCAUCGAGUGGCGAGGUAACUAGAAACCUCUUGGGAACUAUGACAUAGGCUAUGUGGCUACUUAUACUUCCUGGCAAAGAGCUUUUGCUAAAAACAUCGAAGUAUUGUUAUUAAUAUUUUAGGUGGACCAAAUAACCAAAACCAUGCAGGUGGUUCAUUAUAACCGGUUUAUGAAGACACAACUCGCUACUGUGAUAAAAAAAACUUUGUGUGGACAAGCAUCAGUCGCUGUUAAAACAUGUCGGUUAUUCUAUUAUAUUGUGCAUAUAACAAUAUUUAGCACAUCUGACACUUUCUUUGGUUGUUUCCUUUGUAGGAGACAAAAGUUAUCCAACGACGAAGGUGUGUUUGGGCAAAAAUACACUAUUACUUUCAUAUUUUUUCUCAUCGUACUUACCUAUAUUGUCCAUAGAGCUCUUGUGGCGGGCUUCUCUUCUUGCUACAUGCAUGGGGGAAAAUCCGAGUACCCGGAGAAUACUUUGGGUUUGUAUUUACUAUAUAUGGCAUUUUAUUCUUUUCAGGAAAUAUGAGUAACCCGAAUUAUUCUAAACCAGCUUAUGAAGAUCCAAACAGAAUGUACGAGAUGCUUGCAGUACCAGGUAAUCAGGAGGGUAAGAAGGUAGCAUAUGGCACACAAACAGGAAUGAUUGUACUAUAAAUAAGGAUGGCAUCAGCUAUUUUCGAAAAAAUUAAGAAUUUUCCCCUUGAAUUUUGGCAAUUCUUCGAGGGCGAUGACUACAUAGUGUCAUCAGUUGUUUGGGCAUUAUACAUGGACUAAAACGAGAUUAGUGCAACUUAUGUUACCUUGUUUGCUGUAAUAUUGCCAUUUUUUUCUUUUUUCUUAAUCAAGUAGGAACAUAUAGAUUGAUACUAUAUUCUUAUCAUCAAUAUUAUUUAGCAACCCCUGCCACAUACGAGUAUAUUGACAAUAAUGACAUCGCCAAGCCAAAGCAACCUCAACCUGAGCUAAAGUAUGACUACGCCACAAACACCGAAAUACCAAGGAUAAAUUUAAACACCCAGCCGAAGUCCGGGGGUGACGCUGGCCAACCUGAACUAAAAUACGAUUAUGCUACAAAUACUGAUAUUCCAAAGAUAACUUUAGAUAGGAAACCGGAGGCUCAGGGUCCUGCUGGCCAGCCUGAGUUAAAGUAUGACUACGCCACAAACACCGAAAUUCCAAGAAUAACCUUGGAUACGUUGCCGAAGACGCAGGGUGUUGCCGAUCAACCCGAGCUGAAAUAUGACUACGCCACUAACACUGAAGUACCGAGGAUAAAUUUAAAUCCACAGCCGAAGUCCGAUGAUGCUAUUGAUCCUUCUGGUAAUGCAAUGUAUCAUACCCUCGAGGAACCAAAUCCACCACAUUAUUCAACUUUGGAAGAACCAGCGGCUGAAACCAACCCACUGGUAGGUGAAAUUCAAAGUUCUUAAGGGCUGUUAUAUGAUUACUUUGCCUGGACUAUGGUUAAAGUGCCGCUUGGUUAAGUUAAACAUGAUAUUUUGUAUGUGUAACAUUUGAGUCAUUCGAAGAAAGAAUGUAAUACAUCUUUAUAGUAUAUAUAAUAAGCUCAUCUUGAUAAACUAAUUUUCAUUGUCAAAGUUUCUGGGGAAUUGAUCUGCAGUGACAAAUGUGUCUAAUGACAUUAUAUACGGCAACUUGACAGUAACAAAGUGGAUCAAGAUGAGAAAUUUCUUAGUAUAAACAUAGAUUACAUUUAUUUUACAAUGACCCAAGUAUUACCCAUACCAAAAAUCAUAUUUGAUGAUUUUCCAUUUAACAAAUUAAUUGUGCCCAUUUUAAAAAUCACGAGUGAAUCGCGUGCUCAUGCGCGGGAUGGUGCUCCGUCUAUUACAAUAAAAAUCGUGAAAAUUCACAAAUUUUCAUAAUAGAAACAAAACAUGAAACAAUGAAUUUUGCCCACUUUUCAAAUCAUCCCAUCAGUGAUUGGAUAACUCCACCAUUGGUCUUAUUUAAUUUUUAUAUUUUACAGGUAACCUAUGACACACCACAUUCAGGCGACCCAAUGUAUCACGUUCUUGAAGAUUCAAACGACGCAAAUUCCCAACCAUAAAUUACACAUUUUCCUGUCAGACGAAAAUAAUUUUGAAUAACGUAGAUAUAGAGGCCACAGUAAUAUUUAGGGCCCAAAGUAAUAUUAGUAUUUGGAGCCCACAGUAAUUGGUUCAUACUCAGGUUGUGGGGUUCCCUCCAAGGCCGCCAUUCGUAAUUAAUAUGAUCGUUGUACUGUACAUGUUGUGGUUGUUCAUGUUACGUUUGUAUAUGUUUGAAUAGUUGGUGAAGUUUAAUAAAUAAAUAAAUAAAUAAAAUAAACAUUAUGUCGAGAAGGCUUUGAAGAAUUUAGGAAAUAACUACUCGUGUAUAGACAGGCAUUAGGCGAGUGGUUUAGAUCUACAAAAUAUAACUAUAAUAUACAUUAUAUUAUACUAUCUUUAAUAUUGAAAGUACAAUAUGCCAGUUUCCGUACAUUGCGAUCUUUCGGCCAAUUUAAAAUUUUCAAUCCAUUUGAUGCUUAAAAUGAAUAAUGGUCAUACUGCAUAUUUCGUGAACAACUUACCCUUUUUACGGAUUCUGUAGUACACUGUAAAAUAUUCUAAUAGUUACACCUGCCAAGUUCGUAAUAUUAGUGAAGAAAUGAUCCUGU